GAUUUUUCUGUGUCUCUCUUCUCGAAGCAAAUGAAAACAUCAUCAGACAGCUGAAAACGCCUCUGAAACUCGCGAGAUCUAUUUUCAAAUCGAAGAAGACAGCAAUUCGAGGGUUUACUUGUCUUGUCUUGUUGACUCGAUUCGUAGACUUUUGGUCUGAAGCUUCUUCGUGUUUUAUCUUAACAAUGGCGGGUUUUAUCAAUCUUGAGGAUUCCCCAAUGUUUCAAAAACAGGUCUUCUCCUUGGAAGGGACAAGUGAUGAGCUUAAAGAUCGUUGUCAGAAGUUAUACAAAGGUGUUAAGAAGUUCAUGGGAGCUUUAGGAGAGGCAUCUACUGGAGUUAGUGCCUUUGCAGAUUCUCUUGAAGAGUUUGGUGCUGGACAUGAUGAUCCAGUCAGUGUUUCAAUUGGAGGUCCAGUAAUAUCUAAGUUCAUAAAUACACUUCGAGAGCUCUCCUCUUAUAAGGAGUUUCUUCGCUCACAGGUGGAGCAUGUAUUACUUGAGAGGCUGACAAACUUUAUGACUGUUGAUCUACAAGAAGCAAAGGAGUCUCGGCGUCGGUUCGAUAAAGCUGUCCAUUCUUAUGAUCAGGCACGCGAAAAGUUUGUGUCGCUAAAGAAGAAUACCAGAGGAGACAUUGUUGCUGAGUUGGAAGAGGAUUUGGAGAACUCGAAGUCAGCAUUUGAGAAAAGUCGUUUCAAUCUAGUAAAUUCACUGAUGACCAUUGAAGCAAAAAAGAAGUACGAGUUCUUGGAAUCUAUAAGUGCAAUUAUGGAUUCCCAUUUCAAAUAUUUUAAGCUUGGUUAUGAUCUAUUAAGUCAAUUGGAGCCUUACAUCCAUCAGGUAUUGACAUACGCACAACAGUCAAAAGAACAGUCUAAGAUUGAACAAGAUCGAUUUGCACAACGCAUUCAAGAAUUCAGGACUCAAUCUGAAUUAGACAGCCAACAGGCCUCUGCUAAAGCAGAUCCCUCCGAUGUUGGUGGAAACCAUGUUUAUAGAGCUAUCCCCCGUAAAAACGUAGAAGCAAACUCAGUUUCAACAGCAGACAAGGAAGUAACUAAACAAGGGUAUCUAUUAAAGCGAUCAGCUAGUUUGAGAGCUGAUUGGAAAAGGAGAUUCUUUGUGCUUGACAACCAUGGAUCCCUAUACUAUUACAGAAACACCGGUAAUAAAUCAGCGAAAUCUCAGCAUUACUACAGUGGUUUAGGAGAGCAUAGUAGCGGCGUCUUUGGGAGAUUUCGUACAAGACACAAUCGAUCAGCUUCACAGGGAAGCCUAGAUUGCAAUAUGAUCGAUCUCCGUACUUCACUGAUAAAAUUGGACGCAGAGGACACAGAUCUUCGACUCUGUUUUAGAAUUAUAUCUCCUCAAAAGACUUACACACUACAGGCUGAAAAUGGAGCUGAUAGGAUGGAUUGGGUAAAUAAGAUCACAGCAGCUAUAACAAUACGUCUGAAUUCUCAUUUUCUGCAGCAGUCACCAGCAAGAUACUUGGAUAAAAAGAAUACUAGUUCUGGUCCUGCCACUGAAAACCUCACCCUGAAUCAAAAAGAAGAUUAUAAUCAAAGACUAAAUGUGGGGGAUGACGUCCUUACAAUACUCAGAGAAAUUCCUGGAAAUAACACUUGUGCAGAAUGCAAUGCACCUGACCCCGAUUGGGCAUCAUUGAAUCUUGGAGUUUUGAUGUGCAUUGAAUGCUCUGGUGUUCACAGGAAUCUCGGCGUUCAUAUAUCCAAGGUGAGAUCGCUCACAUUGGAUGUGAAAGUAUGGGAGCCUACAAUCUUGGACUUAUUUCGGAACUUAGGCAACGGAUACUGUAAUUCAGUCUGGGAGGAGCUACUUCAUCACCUUGACGAUGACAGUGAAAAGGGAUCGACAGACACACUUGCAUCAGUUUCGAAACCAUCUUCAGAAGAUUGGUUUACUCUGAAGGAGAAAUAUAUUAACGGAAAGUACCUGGAGAAAGCACUAGUUGUCAAAGAUGAAAGAGAAGCAAAUUCUACUGCCUCAAGUAGAAUAUGGGAAGCGGUUCAAAGCAGGAACAUAAGAGACAUCUACCGACUCAUUGUAAAAGCAGAUGCAAAUAUCAUCAAUACCAAGUUCGAUGAUAUUACUGACCUUGAUGUAUAUCACCACCACCAUGUUGAUGCACCAGAUGAAGUAAAGAAAAGGCACGAUCCAAAUGCGUGUCAGAGAAUCAAGAAUUCGAACGAAGCAAGAAACUGUCUUCAAGGCUGCUCAUUGUUGCAUGUGGCGUGUCAAAGCGGUGACCCAAUCUUGCUUGAACUGCUGUUGCAGUUCGGGGCUGACAUAAACAUGAGAGAUUACCACGGACGAACUCCAUUACACCAUUGCAUCGCAUCAGGGAACAACGCAUUUGCAAAGGUUUUGCUGAGAAGAGGUGCUCGUCCAUCAAUAGAGGAUGGUGGAGGAUUAAGUGUGUUGGAAAGGGCAAUGGAGAUGGGAGCCAUAACCGAUGAAGAGCUCUUCCUUCUAUUAGCAGAGUGUCAGUAAAUUACCAAUAUACCAUUUGCUGAUUGAUUGCUACGCAAAGGAAUGUAACUUGUAACUGUUGUAGUAUUUGGUCAUGACUUGCUCAUCGCAUUGAUGCUCCAAUAUUUACCUAAUUCCCGAAGGAGAUAGAACUCUAGGAAAUGUCAAGAUUCCGACCUACUGUAUUAGCCUUUGUAAUGUUAUACAUAAGAUGAUCUCAAAGAUUCUAAGCCUGCACCUCAAAGUUUUUUUUUCUUCUUCUGUAUUUGAUAUCCGAGAUACAAAUAUGUGUUUUGUAGCCGGAAACUUUAUUAUAGACAACAUUCUCAUUGCCCAACAAAAAUUUGAUGAAGUAAGUGUCGUGUUUUCUUCUAUUAUUUUGCUCUAAAUUAAGUAGUGCUAUUGCCA